AUACGUGACUUACGCAUACGUGUGGUAUUUUCUUUUUCACUGAUUUGCGUCUCAAAUCUGGCGUCACUGAUUGCCAGGAGUGAACUCACAUAUAUUUCGGAGUGAACUGGGUAACAUAUAGUGGAGUGUGCGGUGGUACGGCGCGAGCGCGGUGAGCUCACGUCAUAUUUGAUCGUAUUUCGCGACGCGGCGACCGCGUGAACGGACCACGUCGUAGUCUCGUCGAACCGUAACGCCGAAAAUUGUCCGGGCUAACGGCGUAGGACACGCCAAUAAUAAAUAUGUGAGCGAGAUGGACACUGUCGGAUAGUGUGGUGUCGGUGGAUCGGAAAGGAGUAGCGUGAACGGACGUCGAUACGCGUCGUUUCGACACAUAUUAGGAUAUUUAACCUUCGCUUUGGCAAGGGAGACAAAAGAAUAUUACCAAGCUAGAAAGAAAGAGAAAGCCCACGGAAAAUGUCAUUCGAGGGAAAAUACAACGCGAAGAGUCCAGCUGUAAAGAGAUUAAUGAGAGAGGCUCAAGAGCUACAUGAGGCUACGGAAGAAUAUUAUGCAUCUCCUCUCGAGGACAAUUUGUUUGAAUGGCAUUUCACAGUACAAGGGCCACCAUCUACAGACUUUGAAGGUGGUGUUUAUCAUGGAAGGAUCUUACUACCACCAGAGUAUCCUAUGAAGCCACCAAAUAUCAUCUUAUUAACACCAAAUGGACGUUUUGAAACAAACAAAAAAAUAUGUCUGAGUAUUUCUGGUCAUCAUCCUGAAACAUGGCAACCAUCAUGGAGUAUUAGAACGGCAUUGUUAGCUUUGAUAGCUUUCAUGCCUACACCUGGAAGUGGCACCAUAGGAGCACUAGACUACAGCACUGAGGAACGACAAAAGCUUGCUAAAAAGUCACUGAACUGGCAGUGUGAUACAUGUGGAAAAAUUGUAAACUUGUUGUCUAAAAAUUCAGUUAAGAAACCCAUCACUGAGGAGGAACAAACCAUGUUAAAAACGAUUGCUUUAAAAGCUGAUGACUCACCAACGUCCGAUGUAUUAUUUACGGACAAUGCAGGAACUGUAACUGAAAGCGAGGUACGGCAUCGUAAUGUUGAAACAAUCUCAACAGAGAAUAGUACAGAUUAUCCACAACCUGAUAUUACUCUAAAUCAUAUAGAGACUAUGUCCUCUUCGAACGAAUUGUUUUGGACGAUCCUUAUUGUCUCUUUAAUAUUCGCGAUUAUUGUAUUGAUCUUGCGACGACUAUUUCUCGUUUAAUUUAUUCUUUUAUGAAAAUACGUUGUGAACAGAACGAAGUAAAUUUUAUACACAUUUUAUGACUAUUGUUGUUAAACUUACGAUAAAAGAUCCGAUUCAUAUAUUGAAAAAUAACCUGGUUUUCAUGAAAAUGUAAUACGUGAUGAAAGUAUGUCUGCAUAAGUAUAUUUGUAUAUGUUAGUGUAUAUCUGCUUUGUUCCUAAAAAUUGCAUUUAAAUUUAUCUUAUCACAUAUUUUACUUUAUUGCUAAAAUGAAAAAUAAAAAUUAAAUUCUUAGUUAAUAAUUACUGUUUAUUUACUAUAAGCACUAGUCGCUUGUUUCCAUCUGCUACAUAGUAUUAAAAAAUAAAUCAUAUUGUGAUUCAAAUAAUUAUCUAUGAGAUUCAUUAUAUACUUUAUUUUAAGAUGUUAAGAUUCUCAAUGUUUGGAAGUUUUAAUAGUUUGUAUAUUAGUUAUAAUCGAUUAGUUAGAAUAAGCUUGUUAAUUUUUUGAUAACUGUUAUCUGCAAAUACUUUUCGUGCUGCCUAUGUAUAAAUCCAAAUAAAUUCAUAUAAUUAAUCAUUGUAUUAUUUUUGUCGGUAAGUUAUAUUGUCUACUUGCCUAACAUACUAUUUUGUAAUAAAUAUGUAAGCUAUACAAAUAUGUAAUUCUAUAACUUUCAUACACUUUUCAUAUAUGUAUAGCCACUGUAACAAAAUUUGAUGUAAAUUAUAUACUCUGUUAGGGAAAGAGGACUUAGAGCAGAAUCUUGUCUAAAUUCAUUUUUUGUAUGUACAUAGAAAUAUAAUAAAGUAACUAUUUAUUAAAGCAUA